AUGGUUCAGUUAUAACCAAAUUACAAGAUAUUUACAAUGCUUAUAAAAAGCUUUAUCAUGAAUAUCUCCAAGGAAAAAUGCCUAUUCAGGCACUUUUGGAUGAUCUUAAAAAAGGCCCAUUUGAAUAUGAUUUUAUAUGUGAUUUAGAAGGACUUAUAAUGCACCUUUUUAUCUCUCACAACCAAUCCAUUGAAUUAACUCAAGGUGCCCAUUCAGUUUUAAAACAAUAUAUUCAGAUAGUUUUACAACAAACAAGGGCUCAUAAUAAGCUUUCAAAAAUAAUUAAAGAACAACCUAUGCAUUUACUGGACCCAACUGUUGCACAUACCCGAAAACGACCAAUAGAAUCAAGAAACAAUACUCAAACAUCAACUCAAAGAAUCCCAUUGGCAUUUGAGCUAGAAGAAUCAAAAACAACUAGUAGAAAAUGUGAUAUAUAUUAUAAUAUUGGACAUAAUAGUAGAACUUGCUCUAGCCAUGAUUUAUAA